AUGGAAAAGUCCACCCUAUCACCCAUCGCAGAGUCGGCGCAGGAUCCUUUGGCAUUCCGAAACGUCCUCCCCUCACCAUUCACCGGCCGUCCGCAAUUCGAACCGCCUCGCUUACGACAGCCGUGGCGGCAUUCGGUAGCAAGAGAAGGGCCGGCGUCAAGCUCGCCAACAACUAGGGAAUUCAAGCCCGACCGGCAGCGUCAGAGGCUCUUCGCGGUGGGCAUAUGGCAAUGGUUCAUCACUACCAGCCUCUGUGGCCUCUUGGCUGCAUGCCUGGGAGCAUUCGGCGACCUCCUGUCGAUGACAGUCACGCACGUCAAGGCAUUCAACGCCCUGAUUGUGCUGCUGUCCAUUCUUCUCGGCAACAACCUGACAAGUUCACUGCGGGAAUAUGCGCUCAUGCUGCGGUGGAAAAUAUUGGCGUCGAAGUACAGACCUCUGCAUGAAUUCGACUUGUUGUUGCGUUGCGAGAGCCUGCGCAAAGUCAUGCGUUUAUUCUGGGUGACAAGGACGCCCGGAGCAGCGUGGUUCUGGUUGAACACGACACAAUGGCUGUGUGCUCUGUGGUUCGGGGUCAACAUACUUCUGCAGGUUCUGGUGGCCUUACUCGGCUUGACCUACAAUCUCAACACGUCCCCAGUGCCUCAACGGAAGUUCGGAAUGAUUAGUAUCGCCAAUCUAUCUGUCAUCCGCGAUAUUUGGGGGGCUAAAAAUCCUUCUUUCGAUGCGCAGCUCGGAUCGGCAAACUUCUUCGGCAUACAGGGGCAGGAUUAUCUCUUUGUCAAUGGCACACCUCCCGGUCAAGGAGAUAUCCCAAGCUACGGGACGCCUGGAACUCCCAAGAUCUGGAGUGACGACCAAUGGACGACUAUGACCUACGUCUUCCAAGACCAAAAUGUGCGGAAUCCUGACCUGACCUUGAUCUCACAUCGCAAUAUCACCGCAAAGGCCACUUGCAGGAAAUUGAAAGUGUUGGAUGGCGGGAACGGGACGAGUGUCUUUGUUACCUACAUCGACGAGGAUGGCACGCCAACCACGCUCGACGUCGUAAGCGUGGGACCUGGAGCGAUGACCUACAUCGGCGUUUUGAAUUCUACUUGUGGACCACGUUGCACCGAGGUGAUGGCCUUGCAAAGCGCCAAUGGCAAUACAGUCCCUGAGGCAUCGUUCUUCAAAUGCAACAACACCCUUUCGACCGUCUCAGCAAUCGAUGAGUACCUGUACGACGGACAAACCGCCGCGGCAUUUCAGAUGCCUGAUCGACAAGCCAAGAUCAUCGCCGGUGCCAUAGGUUGGUCAGGCUUCAAUCAUACGAUGGGCGACAUGUAUCAGUAUGUCCGAUACAACACCGAUUCAUGGUGGAGCCCGAACGAUCCGGCGGAUGCUGGCAUGAUUGCUGAACGAGUCAUGGAAUUUAGCAUUGAAGCCGUGGCAGCGAUCGAUUACAAUGGACCGCGGCACAAUGUGACUGGCUGGUAUCCUGUGACCGCACAGGUCGUGAGCGUGCAAUGGCGCUGGUCGGCUGCGAUCUUGGGCCUAAUUCCAAUAUUCCAGUUAUUGGCUUUGGUGUGUGUUAUUGCCCGGGCGAACUCUGCCAUCAUCCGAGAUGACAGUUCACUGAGUACGGCACGACUCUUACGCCCCAUUGUCGAGAAGCUGGGUGACAGAGGUUGCUUGUUGACAGGCGAAGAGAUCGCGGAGGAGCUGGGGGAGAUGAAGGUGAAGUACGGAUGGAGAGAACCGGGCGGAGAGUUUAUGUUCAGAAACGAGAUCGACAGCGAGGUUAUAAGACAUGUCGAUAUCUUGGAGGAGAAGGAGGGAUUUGGGGCUCAACUGGCAAUGCCACCUGGUCGUUAUGACGGCAUAGAACACGGGCACGCUUCUCCAAGGCGCAUUGCAAAACGUGGAAGUCGGCGAGAGCAGGACCAUCGCAGGACGCGGUCGAUGAGUGUGUAA